AUGACUACUACAACUAUCAGAGGUGUUCCUGUGAAGUUUCCCUUCAAACCCUAUGAUAUCCAGAGGGAUUAUAUGGAGAAAGUAUUGGAAUGUUUACAGAAAGAAACCAAUGGAGUGCUCGAGUCCCCAACUGGAACAGGAAAAACUUUAUCAUUACUCUGUUCAACUAUGGCUUGGCUGGAACUGAAGAAAGCUCAAGUGCAGGCACAGUGUGCUAUGCUGAGAAAUGAUGACCUGCCUAAACAGCAAAGUCAUGAAUGGCUUCAAGAUAUUGCUGGAAAGGAAGUUGAUACUAGGGCCCUUUCUGGUUUACCAACUAUUAUUUAUUCUUCUCGAACACAUGCACAGCUGUCUCAAGCAAUGCAGGAACUGAAAAGAACUGCAUAUAGUUACAUGAAGGCUUCUGUUAUGGGAUCAAGAGAUCAGUUGUGUAUCCAUCCUGAACUUGUAAAUGAGGAAAAUCGAAACUUGAAGCAACAAAUGUGUCAAUUGAAAGUUUCUACACGCUCUUGUAAUUUUCACAAUAGAGUUGAGAAGAAAAAAGAAGAUCCCCUCAUAAGGGAUAUUAAUGUGAUGGACAUUGAAGACCUUGUGAAAUUAGGGAAGGCUCACAAGUUUUGUCCAUUCUAUAUGUCCAAAGAGUUGAACAAAUUUGCAGAUAUAAUUUUUAUGCCAUACAAUUAUUUGUUAGAUCCUAUGAUUAGAAAAAGUCUGGGUAAUAUCAUUCCCAAGUCUGUGAUAAUAUUAGAUGAAGGACACAAUGUUGAAAAAAAUUGUGAAGAUGCUGCAUCUCUGCAAAUCAAAUCAUCAGAUUUAACCCUUGCAAUUGAAGAAGUGACAGCUAUCAUGAAAAUGAUAUCUGAAGAAUCCCUACCUUUUGAUGACUCUCCCAAAGAUUUCAGCCCUGAUGAUUUGUGUAACCUGAAACAGGUGUUUCUCAAUAUAGAAAAAGAAAUUGAUCAGAUCCCAUUGAAGGGUCCUGAUGGAGUGAAUUUAGAGGGGACUUUUCUGCUGGAUUUAUUUGCCAGAGCUGGUGUAACUUUCGAAAACGUAAGUGGUCUUUCUGCGUUGAUAAGUUGUGUGGUACAGUUCUUAGCUACAGUGAAUGAAGGCCCUUUUGCUAGAAAAGGAAACAACUUACAGAAUUUCCAAGAUAUAUUUCAAAUUGUUUUCAUAAGUCCUUUAGAAGAAUUCAGGGAAAAAAUCAGGAAAUGUUACAAAGUUCACGUGAAAGAAGAAGAAGUCAGAAAAAAAAGACAAGGAAAUUGGCUCAGUAAAGCAUCUAAAGCUGGGGGAAGGAUACUGAAUUAUUGGUGUUUCAGCCCUGGAUUUGGAAUGAACAUGUUGAUGAGUCUAGGCAUGAGAAGCCUAAUACUGACAAGUGGAACACUAGCGCCUUUGAAGCCUCUGAUUUCAGAGUUGGAAUUGGACAUUCAAGUUCGACUUGAAAAUCCCCAUAUUGUCACUGGUGAACAGGUAUGUGUUAAAGUCGUCACAGCCGGUCCUGACUCUGAAGAAUUCAACUGUAAUUACCAAAAUAGGGACAACCCAAAAUACAUCUCUUCAUUGGGUAGAGCUAUAUUGAACCUUACAAGGAUUGUACCAAAUGGACUACUGAUCUUUUGUCCAUCUUAUCCCAUAAUGACCAAGUGUCAACAAGUUUGGCAAGAAACUGGUAUAUGGGGAGAUAUUAAUUCACAAAAGACAAUUUAUGUGGAACCCAGAGACAAAAAUUCCUUCAACAGCGCAAUGCACGACUACUGCGAAAAGGUCAACGAUCCCAAUCUGAAGGGUGCCAUUUUUAUGGGCGUGUGCCGGGGUAAGGUUGCCGAAGGAUUGGACUUCGCCGACGGCAACGGAAGGGCCGUGAUUAUAAUUGGCUUGCCUUAUCCACCGUUGAAAGACCCCCGAGUGAUAUUGAAGAGGAAAUAUUUGGAUGUUUGCAAUGCCAGAGAUAGAGAGUAUCUGAAAGGUGAAGAAUGGUAUAGUUUGGAAGCCUCUAGGGCCGUAAACCAAGCCAUAGGUCGAGUGAUACGGCACAAGGACGAUUACGGUGCUAUAUUAUUGUUCGACACCAGAUUCAACAAUCCCAGAAUCAGAAGUCAAAUGUCAAUGUGGCUCAGAAACCACAUCAAAACGGUGAACAAAUUCGGCGAAUUGAUGAGAGAUCUGCGACAGUUUUUCAUAAAGGCUGCAGUAAACUUUCCUCUCACUGAUAAAUCCACGAGACUGGCGUCAACCGACUACGGGACAUCCUCGCCAAACAAAGACGGCUGUUGCAGUUCGAAUCUCUUUUCCGAAGCGUCCACCAGUUCCUUGGAUCUGGGCAACGAUGGGGAAGUUUCGAUCCACAAGAGACCACGACUGAACCUACCCCCUCAAAAACGAAUGAAAAUAAAUUUGGUGCCCAACGUUAGCAACCCCUCGGUUACGAGCGAAACCACCACCAAGGAGUACAUCCUCAUGGUUAAAAAGAAUUUAGACGUUGAUUCAUUUCGGGGUUUCACCGAGGCUCUCAAACUUUACAAGGAAUGCGAACGCGUGGAUUUGCUCAUCGGGAAAUUAGAGGAAAUUUUUCAGCACCGACAGCACUUGAGGUAUCUCAUUCCUGGGUUAGAAACCUACAUAAGGACUUAUCAUAUGGCUGAGUUUAGUAAAUAUUGUAAAAUAAAUGGACUGUUGGACUAA